UUCUGUCCUUGGAAAAUGGUGUCCAAGCUCACGUCGCUCCAGCAAGAACUCCUGAGCGCCCUGCUGAGCUCUGGGGUCACGAAGGAGGUGCUGGUCCAGGCCUUGGAAGAGUUGCUGCCAUCCCCAAACUUCGGGGUGAAGCUGGAGACGCUGCCGCUGUCCCCCGGGAGCGGGGCCGAGCCGGACACCAAGCCGGUCUUCCAUACGCUCACCAAUGGCCACGCCAAGGGGCGCUUGUCUGGGGAUGAGGGCUCGGAGGACGGCGACGACUAUGACACCCCUCCCAUCCUCAAGGAGCUACAGGCGCUCAACACGGAGGAGGCGGCGGAGCAGCGGGCGGAGGUGGACCGGAUGCUCAGUGAGGACCCUUGGAGGGCUGCCAAAAUGAUCAAGGGCUACAUGCAGCAGCACAACAUCCCCCAGAGGGAGGUGGUCGACGUCACCGGCCUGAACCAGUCGCACCUCUCCCAGCAUCUCAACAAGGGCACCCCUAUGAAGACCCAGAAGCGUGCCGCCCUGUACACGUGGUACGUCAGAAAACAACGGGAGAUCCUCCGACAAUUCAACCAGACAGUCCAGAGUUCUGGAAAUAUGACAGACAAAAGCAGUCAGGAUCAGCUGCUGUUUCUCUUUCCAGAGUUCAGUCAACAGAGCCAGGGGCCUGGGCAGUCCGAUGAUGCCUGCUCUGAGCCCACCAACAAGAAGAUGCGUCGCAACCGGUUCAAAUGGGGGCCCGCGUCCCAGCAAAUCUUGUACCAGGCCUACGACCGGCAAAAGAACCCCAGCAAGGAAGAGAGGGAGGCCUUAGUGGAGGAGUGCAACAGGGCAGAAUGUUUGCAGCGAGGUGUGUCCCCUUCCAAAGCCCAUGGCCUGGGCUCCAACUUGGUCACUGAGGUCCGUGUCUACAACUGGUUUGCAAACCGCAGGAAGGAGGAGGCAUUCCGGCAGAAGCUGGCCAUGGAUGCCUAUAGCUCCAACCAGACGCACAGCCUGAACCCCCUGCUGUCCCACGGUUCCCCCCACCACCAGCCCAGCACCUCUCCUCCAAACAAGCUGUCAGGAGUGCGCUACAACCAGCAGGGAAACAGUGAGGUCACUUCCUCCUCAACAAUCAGUCACCAUGGCAAUAGCGCCCUGGUGACCAGCCAGUCAGUUUUACAGCAGGUCUCCCCAGCCAGCCUGGACCCAGGCCACAAUCUCCUCUCACCUGAUGGUAAAAUGCAGAUCUCAGUCUCGGGAGGAGGUUUACCCCCAGUCAGCACCUUGACAAAUAUCCACAGCCUGUCCCACCACAAUCCCCAGCAAUCUCAAAACCUCAUCAUGGCCCCCCUCUCUGGAGUCAUGGCCAUUGCACAAAGCCUCAACACCUCCCAAGCACAGAGCGUCCCUGUCAUCAACAGUGUGGCUGGCAGCCUGGCAGCCCUGCUUCCUGUUCAGUUCUCCCAGCAGCUGCACAGCCCUCACCAGCAGCCCCUCAUGCAGCAGAGCCCAGGCAGCCACAUGGCCCAGCAGCCCUUUAUGGCGGCUGUGACUCAGCUGCAGAAUUCACACAUGUACACACACAAGCAGGAACCCCCCCAGUAUUCCCAUACCUCCCGGUUUCCAUCUGCAAUGGUGGUCACAGAUACCAGCAGCAUCAGUACCCUCACCAACAUGUCUUCCAGUAAACAGUGUCCUCUGCAAGCCUGGUGAUGCCCACACAUCACUUACUUUGUGCACAGCAACAGAACCCUGUUUUCCACACCAUCACCCUUCCGGGCGCUGUCAUGGAAAAGCCCAGUGAGCUGACAAGCACCUGCGAGAGGUCCCUGCUUACCUGACACCCUGCUGGUGCCUAGGACAAUCCACUCUCAGGAGGCCCGGCCGAAGCCCUGCUUCCCUUCUAUGCAGUAUUGUCACGAUGCCUCUCCCAAGAUGUCAAGUACUCCUGUCGGUCCUAGAGGUGGGAGACAAGAAACCGUGGAAGAGGAGGAGAGAAAGUGGUAGUGUCUACGCUGUGACCCUUCAUCGAACAAACUGAUGCAAAAACUUGAAUCUGUUACUGAAACGAGGAGAGGAGGACGUGUGCUAUUGAACUGAGCCAAACACACUGUAAAUAUGUGGAAACUCCCUCCCCACCCCCGUGCCAAAUGAUUUUGAGAUUUCUUUUAAAGAAGUAAAUUUGUCCAAUGGGUGUAAACUAUAAACUACUGUAAUUAAGUGCAAUUCCCCUCCACAUCCUCUCCCCUCUGCCUUGUAUAUAAUACCAAAGUAUCUAUUAGUUUUCUUUGUAAAGGUCAGAGUUGAAAUUUCAAAGGUGAUCUUCUUCUCUCUUCGUGGAGACACCCGAAGUGGGAAGUGAAGCCCCUCGCCCCUGCCCUCAAGCCUGGACACAGAGGGAAGGCCUACUUUGAACUGACUGCCAGCUAACUCUAAUCUCCUGAUACCAAGACUCACCUCUCAUCCCUGGAGGGGCUGAAUCGUGUCUGAGUAACAUCCUAGCCUUCUGUGGGGCUAGGGGUUCAACCAGUGCCCCCUCAAGACACCCCAAGGCAGGGAAACUGAUGUUUGAUAACAAAAGCAAAAGUUGCCAUCUCAGAAAUUCUCCUAUUAAAGCAAUUUAUUUUAUCACUGCC